AUGGCCGAAUCAAACACCAUCAGCCUCGUAAUUCCCCAGGAGCCGUCUGCAAAGUCGCAUGGGCUAGAGUCACAGAUCCAGCAGAUCAUCGCCCAGAAGGGACAUUUUCGCCAUGUCACUGAACGCUCGCUUCUUGCUGAGAUUCAUGGCAAAGCCGCAGCUCCAGAUGUCGCUCAGGAACGCCCAGAGGAGGAAUUGCCCGCAGACGAUGAUGAAACUCCGCAGAAACGCACAGAGCGCCUGUGGGAGCGAAGAAAUCACAUGCUUGAGAGACUAGGGGCUGCACAGAACGACAUCCUCUGCGCCCUCGACUUUGUGUCAUGGCUGAUCUCGCAACAGUCCGUUCCCGCUCGGAAUUCAAUGUCCGCACCACUCAAAGAGGCUGCACCGGUAGGGUCACUGGUAGCAAAGGUCCUCGAAGAAAAGCCAAUCUCACCACCUGUAAGACGACAACUGGUGUCAGUCUCGCAGGGCUGGCGGUCAGAAGGUUUCCAUUCGGCCUCGGACAAGCUCGCGGCGGCUUCUACUCGGCUAGAAGCUGAAGCCGAACACGAGUCGCUGUUCUGGCGGGAAGUCGCGGAUCUUAGGGCCAGAGGCUGGCCAAUAUCACGACUCCCAAGAGAUCGCAAAGCCAUUGGUGUUCAUUUCGGUUUUGCAGAGGCUGCACCGCAGUUCCGUGAUCGAGGUUAUGCUCUUCUUCGCCAAGCAGCUGAUGGCUCGGUGGGAUUGGACGCUCGAUCGUUGCCCAAGAAACGCAGGCGCCUUGCGGUUUACGUUAUUCGCAAUGCUAACAAGACUGGGGCUUUUCACUUUGAGAGCCCCAGAACGAGCGAGACGAUGGAUAUCAGCCAGCAUUUGAUAGAUCAUCGAGAUGCGCUAUUCGAGGAGGAACUGUUUUUCGAGUCAUGCCGCGAAGCACGGCUUGUCGGCAACCAGGGCAUAACUACGCGUGCACACUGCAUUGGGAUUGACGUGGGUGAUUACCAGCUUUUGCUCGUAUCCUCUGACGAGCAGGAGGUUGCAUUAAAUACUAACAAUGAGGACGACUCGAUUGCUGAAUUCGUGGGCAUCUCCCUCCGACUGCUACUGACUGUGGCCCAUGAACAAAAUCUGAGCAGACGAAUGCAGAAAACUCCUCCAAUGGCAAUCAAGGCAAGGACAAUGCCGGAGUACGCUCUGAUUCGACCUAUCCUGACGCAUCUAAGACACCGUUCAGAGGCAAGAGCAUUCUGGACUAGCAUUCAGGCCCUGCUGCACGCCUUCGAAACGGCAAGCCUGCCAACAACAAUGUCGAUGGAAAACUCUAACGAUGCUGUGUUCGCGUCGUUGAAGAUGGAGCCUCCAAACACACUUCUGGCGGAGCUGAUGGUGCCUGCCAAAACAUCAUUCGCACUCAAAUUGACGACUGAUCGAAAUCUGCAGGUUGGGCUGGCCACCUUUUUGGGACCUCCUCUGUUGGGUUCUCGAUACGAGACUUCUCCGAUUGACUUCGGUUUCUCGAAGAUACCUUCAUGUCGCUACGAGACACGAGACGCCGCUUUGGCGUCUGUUCGACACAUGCUGCUACUAGACUUAGUCGCGCAUGCAGAGGCUCUCACGAGUACAGACGCGGCAAAUGCUGAGACGGAUAAGAGCAGACACCAAAAAUGGAGUUUAUCACAGCCGCACAGCGGUGAGUUGACGAUGUAUUAUGCCCAGGAAGCGGUUCGUAAUAUGCAGCUCUCCGUACACACGGAAUCAAUCAGUCUCAAAGGGAGCCCGGUGAAACAGAGAGCAUCUUCCAGCGGUAUUGUAUGGACUUGGACAGCCGCUGGCUGCUUCAAGGCCGAGGGCAAUGUUUCCACGAAGGAGGAGGGUACAACGUUUGACGCGGCAGUGAGACAGUUACUUGCAACAGAUAGCUAG